AUGAUACCGCCUCCUCGAUCGUCUUCAAAGCUGGCAACACCUGAUAUCCCUGAGCCAUCACCUCAAACGAUUGAUGCCCUGCUUGGUCUUCAUUCUACCUUUGUUGUUCCAGAAACAACGUACGAUGAUACACAAGAGCAACACCUCCCAAAGCUGGAUCUGCCCAGCGUCUUCCCCGGUGUCGGAAACGCUAUCACACCUGAUGACGAUGAGCCAGUAAUGGCCCGCACACCGCCAUCGAAUAUCCAUACUUUUGAUCUCGCAGAUGUUCCAGAGGAGGACGAGACUGCGGCAUCCCGCAAUAGUGAGGCACGAAACUCCGUCCUUGCAACUUCGUCAGAACCUUUCCGCUUUGGACAGUCCACCCCAAGAGUGGACUUCGAUAAACCUUUACCUGCAGUGCCUUUGUAUAAACAACGCAUCCAAGAGCCGCUUGGAUCGCCUACGAUCCCAGCACUUGCUGGAGAUUCCGAUGCAGCUUUUGCACAGAAGAAAUGGGCAUUGAACAAGCGGCGUUCGAUAUUGCAACGCCCAGCAGAUGACUUGUCAUGGGAGGAUGACAUCGAUUAUUGCUACGAGCAUGCUGCAGAGUCAAAUUCAAAUUUCGAUUGGCAACGCACUUCAUUUGAAGAACUGGAAAUGAGAGAGAGACUCGAGAGCCUGACUAUUAGAGCAACCCCCGUGGCUGAUUCCCCCAACGCCAUUGGCACAGAAAAGUUUGCCGAACCCAUUGAUCUCCAGAAUCAAGAGAGUCAGGAUGCACCGGAACACAGUGACCGGCAAAGCAUUAAUGAGAACACCGCUACAGUGCCCCUUUUCAUUGCUGCGAGUUAUGAUGUUAGCCCAAUAACAGCGACCAGUCUUCUUCCAUGCGUUCAAGUAGAUCCGUUAUCACAAGCCGAUUACUUUAGAGCCGAGCAUGUUCCAAUCGUGGCAGCGCCCUUUGGAGAUGACAUGGUGUCAAAUCAAGCCUAUGACGAGUUGAUUCCGGGCGGCCAAAAGAUCAACGAACAUUAUCCCUUGUACUUCCCAACCCAGGUGGACGAGCCCGUCGAUUCUUCCCGAGGAAGCUGCUCUCCAAUCAGCAAGUGCAACUCACAGGAAAGCAUUAUCCUGUCCCGCGCGGCAUCAGUCGCACGAAAGCAUCGCUCAUCGGUGUCCACAAUCAGUGUUCCCGAGUUAGUGCAUAGUUCGAACCGCAGCCACCCAGCCGUGGAUCAUGAUUCCAUGCCCUCUGCCGGUGAACAGCAAAUGAAGAAAAUUGCCUCCCGCCCACCCCCCAUCGCCAUUCAUCAACGAAGUAAGAGCCUAGCGCGAGAGCUCACCCAGCGAUCGGCGCCUAUCUUGUCCGCAGAUUCUGUGGAUGGCUAUAAUUCUGAGGUCUCAUCUGUCCCGAAGAUGCCGUAUCACGAUCGCGCAAAGUCUGUAUCCGCCUUGGAUCUGUGCCAACCUACCUCUCCCGUCAAGACCAAGACCCCUGAGACUCGAAAGCGGUCUGCCACUGUAACCCGUGGCCCUAGUGGUCGGAAGGCUCGAAAGUCAUACUCGCUUUUUCCCACCGCAGCUGCAGCGACUCCCGCCCCCGCAUCGCGGUGAGAAAAUGUAAACGCAGAUCGAAGAAAGAAAAAUAGCAAGUGGUGUUCCACCGUUGGCGAUGUGUGCACUCUCGCUGACCGCUAAUUAGUCUCUUGUGGUACUUUGGGAGAGGGGCCUCUUGGCCUAUAUUCCUCACCACCUGUACAUUGCAUCGCACAAUUGUUUCCUUUUUAAACAUCAUCAGUUUUCCAUUUUCCAAUUUUGCUUGCGUCCACGCGAAAAAGCAAAAAAAGCUUUGUACCCCUAUAUAGAUAGACGGCAGUUGGUUUGGUUGUUUUUCUCUCUCUUUUAUUUCGCUCUCUCCUUUACUUGCCUUUGCAACUUCCUUCUCUUUCUCUUUCUCUGCCCAGUCGCGCCCCAAAAAAGUUUUGAUGUAUCGUCAAUAAAAAGCUGGAUCGUUUUUACUCUUUUCUCUUUUUUUUUGGUUUUCUACCCCAUCCUUGCAUAUUGCUGGCAUUUAUGACAUCAUUUUCAUUUCUCAUCAACCUUGCACUCUAUACUUCUCAUCCUUAUCCUCCCUCCUGCCUGCCUACCCUGCCUACCCUGCCUAUCCUUUUCGCAUUUCCUUUCUAAGUCCAUACAUAUAUGGCGAAGACAUUCGUUUUGAUAACUCACACUUCACAUUUUAUCUCAUGAGCCCCACGACCUCAUUUUGGUUUUUUGAGCUUUCACUCUGUUUGGGAAACAGCGUCUAUAUUACUUGAUACACAUUACUCAUGUCUACAUACAUACACAUCACAUAAUCAUUCAUAUAUAUUCAUAUAUAUUUCUAUAUUUUUUUUCUUAUUAGUUUUACUUCCCUCACUGUCAUUCAUUCUGGUGAUAUAUCUAUCAUUCUUUUUUCCCCUUGUUUUCAGAUUUCUUCCUUUUGUCAGUCAGCCUUCCACUUGGCAUUUUACAUUCCUUCUGCAUGUUUCUUAUUUAUUCAACUUUCAACCUUUCCUUUUUCUCUCUUCUCUCUUUUGGCAAACGGCGGAGAAAAGGAUGGGAUGUAAUUGGAUGAGGUUGAUGAGAUGGUGGAUUCUAAUCCUUCGCUAUUAACAUAAAAAGAGGGGGGAAAGUGAGAGCAGACAAGAAGUCGAAUGCUCUGCUUUUUCUUCUUUUCUUCUUUUUCUUUAUAUAACAAAAAACAUUAUGCUCACAUUUUACAUAUAAUAUAGGCUGGAGGGAUUCGUUUGAUUUAGCUUGGGGUUAGUCGGCUUGAUUGAAUUUAACUUUUUUUCUUGGGUA